AUGGCGGCCGCCAGCUGGACACCCCAGCAGGAUGGCUUGAGCGAGCUCCUGGGGCUCUUCAGAGAGUCGCAGAAUCCUGAUCGGGAUGUGCAAAUACACAUCGCCAAUGUGAGUGCAGAAUGGGCGGAUAGGAAGUCGCAGCUAGGGUUCGUCCGAGAUGUGCUACCUUGCAAUCUGGGCUACCGACUCGCCCUCUUGACUGUCAUUCUGAUCGCUGAAACUUUCAUCGCAGAGGUUGGAGACAUUGCGGCAGAUCCCAGACUAUGCGAAUUACCUUGUAUACGUCUUGACGCAAAUGCCUCAGGAGGAAACGAAUACGCGAUCCAUCGCAGGUCUCAUCCUCAAGAACCACAUUCUCAACUACAGCCAGACGCUGCAUCCGGACAGCGUCGCCUACGUCAAGGCGGCCAUCCUUCCUGCAAUUUCUUUGGAAGAGGACAUGCUUAGACGGACUUCCACACAGGUCGUCUCGAUGAUCAUGGAGAUUUAUCGACCAGAGUCUUGGCCAGAGGGGCUGGAGCAAUUGAUAUCAUUGAUGACUUCACAGCAUCCCAAGGGCUGCGAGGUGAGUUGCGCUUCCGGCGAUCACGGCUACGAUGAGGCCAAGCAAGCUAAUUCGGCCCAUGCUGGACGACAGGGAGCAUUCAGCACACUGGCUAAGAUGUGCGAAGACAUUCCUAAAGAGAUUGAAGAAUGCGAAAUCAACGGCAUGCGACCCUUGCAGAUCUUGAUACCCAAAUUCUUGGAAGCCACGAAUCACCCUGAUCCGCUGGUCAGAUGCCAUGCCUUGAACUGUCUCAACCAAUUCAUAUCCGCAUCAUCAGCAGCGCUGCAGGAGCAGUUAGACCUCUACAUCAAGGCGCUCUUUGAGCGCUCCAGCGACCCGAACGACUCGGUGCGACGCUUCGUCUGUCAAGCCAUAGUUCUCAUCCUUGGCGCUAGGCCAGAUAAGCUCUUGCCACAGCUGUCGGGUGUGGUCGACUACAUGCUUUACUGCACGGCGGAUAAAGAUGACGAGGUUGCACUGGAGGCCUGCGAAUUCUGGCUGCAAUUCUCUGAAGACCCUCAGCUCAGCGAUCAUCUUCGACCAUAUUUGCCAACAGUUGCACCUGUCCUUCUCAAAAGCAUGGUGUACAGCGAAAUUGACUUGCUCAUCCUAGGUGCUGACCAAGACGACAAUGAUGAGGCGGAGCCGGACAGGCCAGAAGACAUCAAGCCGAAGCAUUACGGUGGUGCGACAAAGCGUAAUGAGCACAUCGACGAAGCGGAGCAGAACGGCGCUGGUGGCAGCAAGAUGUCGCGCGCCGCUUUGGAAGCGGAAGAUGAGGACGACGACGACGAGGAUGAUGAUGAUGACGAUGAUUACGAGGAUGAUAGCGACGAUGAUGGAUCGGGCGAAUGGAACCUGCGGAAAUGCUCGGCUGCAGCUCUGGACGUGAUGGCUGUGCAAUUCGGCAAUGAGCUGCUGCAGAUCUUGUUGCCCUACUUGAAGGAGCGCCUUUUCUCGGAUGAUUGGCUUCAGCGUGAAGCAGGUAUUCUGGCUCUCGGUGCCAUUGCUGAGGGAUGCAUUGCUGGUAUACACGAACAUUUGCCGCAGCUCGUCCCUUUCCUCAUCAAUAGCUUGCAGCACCCCAAGCCUUUGGUGAGGUCCAUUGCCUGCUGGACGCUAGGCAGAUACUCGUCGUGGACCGUGGGCACCAAAACGCCCGAGCAUCAACAGCAAUAUUUCUUGCCAGCCAUGGAAGGACUGCUGGGCAUGGUGCUCGACAGAAAUAAGCGCGUCCAAGAGGCUGGCUGCAGCGCCUUUGCAACGUUGGAAGAGGAAGCUGGCGCGAGCUUGCAGCCUUUUUUGGAGCCGAUCCUCAAGACACUGGUCUUUGCUUUCAACAAGUAUCAGCAAAAGAAUCUGCUCAUCCUCUACGACGCUAUCGGGACGUUGGCCGACUGCGUCGAAUCGGCAUUGAAUCGCCCAGAAUAUGUGGAAAUCAUCAUGCCACCUCUGAUCAGCAAGUGGCAGAGCUUGGACGACGGCGAUGCGGAUCUUAUUCCUUUGCUUGAGUGCCUUUCAUCUGUCACCAUUGCUGUAGGCCCCGGCUUCUUGCCCUACUCCCCACCCGUCUUUCAACGAUGCGUAGGACUCGUUCACAGCAACCUCGUCGCUGCGCAAGCAGAGGCGCAGAAACCCCUUGACGAACAGGAGAUGCCAAAUCGAACGUUCAUCAUCGUGGCCUUGGAUCUGCUCAGCGGCUUGACGCAAGGCCUGGGUGCGGAUGUGCAACCACUGAUCGAGCAGUCAAACCCUUCUUUGCUGCCUCUCCUUGGUGCUUGCUUGACCGUGAGUCUGCCUCUGUGGCCUCCGACGCGCCUGGCGCCGACUCACACAAGAUCCUCUCCCUUUCUCUCAGAAUCCCGAUCCUCCGGUCCGUCAAUCAGCAUAUGCGCUGCUGGGCGACUUGGCGAUCUGCGCGUUCCGUCUUCUGAGACCGCAAUUGCCUUCGAUCAUGAAGGAAUUGAUAGCUCAAAUCGUUGUGGACCCUCCGAGCGAGAGUGUCAGCGUCUGCAACAACGCGACCUGGGCAGCCGGAGAGAUUGCGCUUCAGUAUCAGGGUCAAGAUACUAGCGAGCUGCAUCAAUGGAUCCCUUCCUUGACGGAAAGGCUAGUUCCCGUGCUGAUGAGCACCAAGAGUCCAAAGAGCUUGAUGGAGAAUGCGGCUGUCACCAUCGGCAGGAUUGGACUCGUCUGCCCUGCCCUCGUCGCUCCCCAUCUCGAACAGUUCAUCGAACAGUGGUGUCAGGCCUUGUGGGACAUCAAGGACAACGACGAGAAAGACUCUGCGUUUAGAGGUCUAUGUGCCAUGAUACAGGCCAACCCUAAUGGCGGUCAGUACUUCAGUGCCAAGUGCGAGGUGCUUGGAACAAGUAAGUAAGCUCAUUCAUUCUGCACUUCCUUUUUUCGCCCUGCUGCGCUCCGCAGCUGCCAAAGGCUUCGUGUACUUCUGCAAUGCCGUCGUCGUGAGUAGCUUCUUGACGUCUUGCGUUCCGUGAUGCAUCCUUUCUGACCUUUGCCAUAUCGGCGUCCUCGCAGCGCUGGACCUCGCCUUCCCAAGCGUUGAACGACCAAUUCGUCAGCAUUUUGAAUGGAUUCAGAGAAAUGGCUGGUCCAAAUUGUAAGUCGUACGCAAACCGUCGCUUCCGCGCGCAAGCUGUUCGUUGCUCUCUCGCAUAAAGGCGCUGAGAUCCAACCUGGCUCCGUCGCAUACAGGGCAAACGCAAAGAACGCAAUUCCCUCCACUUAUCGCUCAGAGGUGAGUAGCGCUAAGCAACUCACGCGCCAAUGGGAUGAUCUCUAGACUGACCAAGCGCAAUUCAUCCUCGCAGACUGGAGCAACGUUAUGGCCUAUGA